GCCAACUGGACAUAAUCUAUCCUGCCGAGAACUCCACUGCCACAUUGAGUUUAGUGAAGAGACAUGGACGGUGACAGGCUGGUGCAGUGUCCCCAAGCUCAAAUCUACAAGAUUUCUGGAUAAGUCCGGUUGUUAUUUUCAUCAGACUUCUCAGACUGCUGGAACGACUGCAGAAGUGGGUUUUUAUAAAAUGAAUCUACAGCCAAGUACACAGACUGGUUAUUACACAGGCACGUGCAACAUGACCUCUUACCUGCCUAGUGAAGGACGAUACACCUACACAGUCAUCAUCAUGCCAGGGCAGGUCAACAUUUCCCCCACAUUCACUGGAAGCAAUGAAAUACGCCGGCCAAGCGGUAGUCUAACACACAACUGUUCCAAGUACAUGACAGAAGGUACUGACCUCACCUGUCAAUGUUCCGUCAGUGAGUUAGGCUCACCUCAGGGAAGACUGCAAUGGAACAUCAAACGCUCCAGCCAACUGUCACUAACGGGCCUGAAGAGAGAGCAGCAUGGCGACAACUACGUGUGUAGUCUGAUGUGGAACAGGACAGUCCAGCAGUCACUUACCUACACACUUAUCGUCACUUAUUCUCCCUCUCAAAUUAGCUUCAAGGUAAACAACGCCAGCGAGAACGUGAUUGUGGAGGAGAAAAGCCCAGUGACCAUGUUGUGUCAGUCUGACGGCAGACCCACACCUAACAUGACCAUCACUGACGUCACCAACGGUAACCGUGUGGUACACAGUCAGCCUGGAGGUAACGUGACUCUAGCUGAUCCAACAGUACAAACACGAUAUGACAAGGUGGCUGAGUGUGAGGACACCGGUGAAUACAGGUGUUCUGCUGAUAACACCAUAGGCAGUAGAUACCAGGCUGUCAAAUUAUUUGUCAUGUGUAAGCCUAGAAGCACCGUGUCCAGCCCUACACCUCCGACUAUUGUAGAAGGCAAAACAUUGAGUUUAGAACUGAUUGCUUACCCAAACUCUGUGAUUGUGACCAAAUAUUUCAUUGGAUCAAAUAACUGCAACAGUGAAACACCGGCCAGCGAUGACGUAUUCCGUGUAUUCUGCUCUCACAACCCUCAGCUACUCUAUAAAGUCACCUGUACAGUAACGGUCAUCAAAAUAACGGUGAACACAGCUGGACUUUACAAAGCCGUUGUCAGCAACAACCUCGGAAGUGUCGCACUUAUCUUCGAGGCCCUGCCGCAAAAUACUACAGGGAAUAAGAACAGCGACGAUGUAACAUCAUCCGAGUUCAGUCGAGGUCUAGGAACUGGUCUUGGAAUCGGUCUUGGAAUUGGCCUGGGAAUCGCUGCAGCUGAAGCCGUCGGCGUGGUUCUUGUCUGUUGCUGGCGACGAAGACAGCAGAAACCUAAAGGUAGACGAGAAAACACAGGCUACAAUUCGCGACAAGAUCUUUCGUUAGAUAAAGUAAAUGAGCCCUCAUUAGCUUCAGAACGGGAAAACAAGAGUUCUUAUGAAGUUAUCGGUAAAAGUGAUACUGGGCAGACUGCUGGAUACACUAACGUUCAAGGAAGUCAUUUGUCAUCAAGGAAAGCCUCAAACAAGACAGGAAAUGUAUACGAUGGCCUACACCUUCAAGAUGUAGGAGUGAGCUCACCUUAUGCUAGUCUGACAUAGUCAUGGUAAAGUCACAGCCUGAAAGUUCUCAUCAAUCGAUCAUCUCUACCUCCUUGAAGAACUGCAAAGGAGUAUACAGAUCAUGAGCCGUUACAAGAAUAUCCUACAUAUCUCUUACAUGUAAAAUUUUCGAUUGUAUUUCAGAAGUAAUAUUGCCAUUUUUUUUCUGGAGACAACAAUCUCUUCAAAUUUUCAAUACUUAAAUAUACUCCUACGUGUUCUGAAGAUCAAAUAUUUAUCUCUAUUUCUUUCCUAUCUCUUUAUUUAUAUAUAUAUAUAUGUGGGCCAUUUGCAUGCUUUUAAACUUAAGUUAAGAUGAAUUUAUUUAAUUGUAAUUGUGUUAUACAUAGCGUCCAGCUUUAUCCCGUUUCUCGUCUUUAUCUUUUUAUUCUUUCUUGUUUAAUUCACCGUUGUUAAUAACUGGAUGGAUUGUUAUCGAUAUAUUGCAGGUAUUAUUGUAUUAUUUGUUUAAAGUAUUCCCAUGUUUUUGUUCCUUUAUUUGGGUGUCUGUAUUUGAUGUUUGUUACUGCAGACUUUGUUAGACAUACCUUGUCUCUUGAACAAAAUUAUAUAUAUAUGCAACAGUUUCGAUUAA